CAUGCCUCUUUUUCAUUCGAGACUCUGACAGGAGCACAUAGCUGCAAAUAACUUAAAAAUUUACGAAUAAAAAUAUCAGACGAUAAUAACAUGGAGGGUGAUAAGGAGCCGCCAUCGGACAGCUCCAACGGCGUCACUAAAGUGCCACAUUUUCAAGUGAAGAAGUGGAGAGCCACUGCAAUAUGGGCAUGGGACAUUGCCGUCGAUCUUUGCGCCAUUUGCCGCAACCAAAUGAAUGACGUUUGCAUCGAAUGCCAGGCGAGUGAGGAUGAGAUCAACAUCGAGGACUGCACCAUUGCUACGGGUGUAUGCCAGCAUAUCUACCACCAACACUGCAUCGGGCGCUGGCUACGGGAACGUCAUGUGUGCCCCUUGGACAACAAGGAAUGGGAAUACGUAAAAUGCGGACGUUAAGCUCCACCUCCGCCCUUCUUUCUCAUCCACGACUUAAUUACAAUUAAAAUAUUUUGCAAUGACU